AAAUCAAAGAAAGACCUGGUUUAUUUGUUCAUAUCAUGCCAACCAGAACUCCCUUCCACCACAAUUGAAGGAGAAUUUUCUGGGUUUUGUCUUCCUCCACUUGAAACAAAUCCCAUCUUUUCUGUUUCAUUUUUCUUUUUUAAUUAUAAUGAGUUAGCUAGUGUUCCUUUAGAGAGAGAGAGAGAGAUAGCAGCAAGAACAAGAGCUAGUUGAGUUGGGAAAGAAACAAAUUUAGAGCUAGUUAUAGUUUGCAAGAAAGACAAACUAGUCAAUAAAAAUCUCUUUCCCUUUUAUCUUUAUCUUCCUUAUUCAUCCCAUGUCAACUAUCACAGGUAGUGGUGUUAGGAGCUUCUCUUCAGGAAAUACUACCAGUGCUGAAGAAGUGCUUCAACAACAGCAACAACAAGAGCUACUAAAUCACUUCCAUGGCUCCAAUUCUCUUGAGGAAAUUACAAUCAAUGGUAAUUCUGCAACUGAACAACAGCAACCUCCACCAGCCAAGAAGAAAAGAAACCUACCAGGAACUCCAGAUCCUAGUGCUGAAGUGAUAGCCUUGUCACCAAAGACCCUGAUGGCAACAAACCGAUUCGUGUGCGAAAUUUGCAAGAAAGGGUUCCAAAGGGACCAAAACCUCCAAUUGCACCGAAGAGGCCACAACUUGCCAUGGAAGCUUAAGCAAAGAUCAAGCACCGAAAUCCGGAAGCGGGUCUACAUCUGCCCCGAACCCUCAUGCGUCCACCAUGAACCCUCCCGGGCACUGGGAGAUCUCACGGGGAUCAAGAAGCACUUUUGCCGGAAGCACGGUGAAAAAAAGUGGAAAUGUGACAAGUGCUCGAAGAAGUAUGCAGUGCAAUCGGACUGGAAAGCUCAUUCUAAGACCUGUGGUACUAGAGAAUACAAAUGUGACUGUGGAACCGUCUUCUCCAGAAGAGAUAGCUUUAUCACCCACAGAGCUUUCUGUGAUGCCAUAGCUGAAGAAAACAAGACACCAGUUCAAGGACAAGGAGUACUAAUGUCCAACAACAUGGGACAACAGAACUUACAACAAGGCGGCCAACUAGUUUCCGGCGGCGAGCUCAUGAUCCCGGCCUCAAUACCGAUGAGUAACACCGAAACAGCUGCCACCAUCCCAUCAACAAGAAGUAGCAAUACAUCUGAUCACUUUGAUCAUUUCGACACCAAAAAUCCUAAUUUAACCCUACUGCCCCAAGGAGUACCAGCAAACAUGUUGCCAUCAUCCAGAUGCGGCCUGAACAACAAUUCAUUGUCAUCACCAACAAGUAGUGCACUGUUUCAUAAUCACCACGGGCACCAAGUACUCCCCAGCUCAAUCUCCGGCCACUUGUCCGCCACCGAGUUGCUGCAGAAAGCAGCUCAAAUGGGUGCAACAAUGAGCAGCAAUAAUUCUAGUGGUAUGAGCAUGGCACCCUCAACAUAUGGUGACUUUCCUAGCUACGUGAAUAACCAGUUCAUGCAGCACAAAGAUGGUAACAGUAUUCCGGUACAAGAGACCUCCUCGCAGUUUUUUGGUGCUAGUAAUGGGAAUAUGGGAAUGUUCAGUGGGCUAUUAUUUGAUCAGAGCAAUGGGGUGUUGAUGAAGAACAUGGAGCAAAGCGUUAAUGGCAGGAGUAAUAAUAAUAAUAAUAACAAUACUAGUAAUGGUUUCAGCUUGCAUGGUAAAAAUGUGAGUAGAGGAGGAGAUACGAUGACCGUGGACUUUCUGGGGAUUGGAAGAGGAAGAGGAGGAGGAGGAGGUAAUAGAUCAGAAACUUUUCAUGAUCAUCAACAAAGACAAGUACUACAUGAUGAGCAUCAGCGACAAAACAAGCAGGAAGAUGAUGAUCAAUUAAUGGGGUUUGGUUGGAGCUGGAGUUGAUGAAUGAUCGCAUUAAUUAAUAUAUUUUCAGAAGAAUAUAUGCAAGGUGGUUUGGCUGAAUGAUACAUCAGUUUCAACAUGGAGCUAGCAAUCGAAAAGCACAUGUGAGGAAACUGAGCAAGAGAUCGAGUGCUAGUUUUUGUACGGACUAGCUCAGCUAGCUAGUAUUAAUUUCACUUAAUGUGUUGUUUUCUCCUUCUUUAUAAUUUCAUGAUCAAACAAAAAUUAGCUGUUAAA